CCGACGACGAGGGCGCCAAGGCAAAGUUCCAAGCCGUCGGCGAGGCCUACCAGGUCCUCAUGGAUCCCGACAAGCGAGAGAAGUACGACCGCUUCGGGCGAGCAGCGCUCGAGGACACCUUCAUGGACCCCGGCUCCUUCUUCACCAUGGCUUUCGGCGCGGAUAAGUUCAAACCGCUUGUGGGAGAGCUCACUAUCGCGUACACAGCUGCUGGGAACCUGACGGUUGCUGAGGUGAAGAAGUGGCAGGCGAAGAGGGAGAGGGAGCUGGCGAACAUUCUGCUGAAGAGGCUGGACCCGUGGUUAAAGGGGGACGAGGAGGGGUUUGUGCGGGAUGCUGUGGCUCAGUUGGAGGAUCUCAAGGGGGAGGCUUUCGGCGUGGCAUUCUUACACUGCAUCGGCUACGCCUACUACUCCCGCGCUCAAGUGCUACUAGGGCUGACGGAAAUGCUGGGCAUUCCGGGCUUUGUGAAUGCAGUGAAGGAGUCCGGCCACACCAUGAAGACGCGAUACAACGCCGUCGACGCCGCGCUUAAACUGUCAGAGAUGAAGGUGAACAUGGACCCGCAAAAGCCGGCAAGUGAACAAGCCAAUAUGCCCGAGUUCCUCAACUCCGUCUGGAUGAUAAGCGUGCUGGACAUAGAGAGUACACUGCGCCACGUGGUGGAGCUUAUAGUGAAGGACAAGACAGCUUCUAAAGAGGACAGGAAGAAGAGGGCCAGCGGGAUCAUGCGGCUGGGGAAGAUCUUCCAAGGGGCGUAGAAGAGUGCUCGACGAGAAGCAUGACAGGAGGAUAAACCUAGUGCAGGGCAGUUCAGAACACCCGCUGGUUAGGUUGCAAACGAGCAAAAGUCUUUGCAGAGUAUGGGUCUGCCCAGCAUUAUGAAGGCCCAUUCAACAUGAAUCGGUAGGAAGAAAUACCCAUGAUGCGGCAUGGCUUGUCCAGGAAGAAAGGAAGGCUUAUAUGUGCAGCAGAGAGGGCUGGCUGUGAGGGUUGAGAUGAGGGUGUGCCGAGCAGUGCAGCAUUGGUUAGUGAAAGAUUCUAAGGAGCAUUAGCUGUGAUCUGCCAAUUUUUUUACGCCUUUGCAGGCUGGUGGAAAAGCAUUAGUUCAGAGCAUAUUUUAGGCUGCGCCUGUGGUGCAGAGUGCUGUAAAAGCUGCCUCGUGUUCUGGAUCUUGAUCAGAGAUGCGAUGGCACGUAUUCAUUC